AAGCUAGCUAGUGCCGUAAAGAAAGAGAGAGCGAGAACGAGUGGCGAUGGCAGUACUGCACUUGCAGGCGGCGGCGGUGGCGGUGCUGCUGAUGGCGACGGGGCUGCGCGCGCAGCUGCGUGUGGGCUUCUACGACAGCUCGUGCCCAGCGGCGGAGAUCAUCGUGCAGCAGGAGGUGAGCAGGGCGGUGGCGGCCAACCCGGGCCUCGCCGCCGGCCUGCUCCGCCUCCACUUCCACGACUGCUUCGUUGGGGGCUGCGACGCGUCCGUGCUCAUCGACUCCACCAAGGGCAACACAGCGGAGAAGGACGCCGGGCCCAACCUCAGCCUGCGGGGCUUCGAGGUCGUCGAUCGCAUCAAGGCGCGCGUCGAGCAGGCCUGCUUCGGCGUCGUCUCCUGCGCGGACAUACUCGCGUUCGCGGCCAGGGACAGCGUCGCACUCGCCGGCGGGAACGCGUACCAGGUGCCGGCGGGGCGGCGGGACGGGUCCGUGUCGCGCGCGUCGGACACCAGCAACCUGCCGCCGCCGACGGCCAACGUCGCGCAGCUCACGCAGAUCUUCGGCACCAAGGGCCUGACGCAGAAGGAGAUGGUCAUCCUGUCGGGCGCGCACACCAUCGGCUCCUCGCACUGCAGCUCCUUCAGCGGCCGGCUGUCGGGGUCGGCCACGACGGCGGGCGGGCAGGACCCGACCAUGGACCCCGCGUACGUGGCGCAGCUGGCGCGGCAGUGCCCGCAGGGCGGCGACCCGCUCGUGCCCAUGGACUACGUCUCCCCCAACGCCUUCGACGAGGGCUUCUACAAGGGCGUCAUGGCCAACCGGGGCCUGCUGUCCUCGGACCAGGCGCUGCUCAGCGACAAGAACACCGCCGUGCAGGUCGUCACCUACGCCAACGACCCGGCCACCUUCCAGGCCGACUUCGCCGCCGCCAUGGUCAAGAUGGGCUCCGUCGGCGUGCUCACCGGCACCAGCGGCAAGGUCAGGGCCAACUGCAGAGUCGCCUGAUUCAUCGUCAUCACUCGUGUGGAGUUGUAGAUUCAUUAUAUUGAUUGAUUUGGACCGGACGACGUCGACGGGAUGCUACAUGGCCUGCUUGCGCAAUUGUAUGUAUGCCUGUACUUGCGCGUGUAUGGGUUUCGCUGUGCAAAUUUUCGUUGUCUCCCCCGAUUGAUUGAGGCGUGUGUGCGUGUGUGUCUCUUCUGAAUCUGAAUGGAAAAUCUGUAACCUGAGCUAAAACUGCUCGUGUACUACCCAAUAGUUGCUUCAAACUACGAUGGAUUUUUAUUCAAACUAUCACUUCCAAACACGCACAAAUAUGUACUCAAUCAACUAGGGAUCGGAGAAACUGGUUUGUAAAGGGAAUUUUAUAAACACAAGCUAUUCAGACAUGUAAC